GCUUCUCGGCCCAUCCUGGCGGCUCCCGGCUCGGAGAUUGCCGCCGCGGAGCUUCCAGGCGCUUCUUGCUCCAGCUACUGCGAGGAUCGCGGGUUACGCUGCCUGGCCGAGGACCUGCCCUUCAUCAACAGUUGCGACGCCCUCUCUGCCAUCAUGGGGUGCAGGAUUUGCGAGCCGGGCGAGGGGUCGGACCAUCCCGCACAGGAAGUCUUCACCACGCGAUCGGGACGGUGUCUCCACAACACCAACUUCCGACAGUAUCCGCUGACCUGCGACGCUUCGCACCCGGACACGCGGCGACUUUGCGUUUGCAGGAGCAUUCUGCUUCCCACAGACGGUCGGCCAGAGGUGCCUAGAUUGCCAACGACAUCGGGUCCCACGACGAAAACGGUGACGCAUCUGCAUCGCCCAGCCCUGGUCACCAAUCCCGACGCCGCGGUGCCUGUCCUGGUGGUGGCGACCGACUCCCGUCCGCACCACCUCCAGCGCUGCUUGGACUCCUUGGCGAAAGCUGAAGGCUAUGUGCCGACCCUGGUUCUGGUCUCCCAGGAUGGCGAUGGAAAGCGUGUGCGGGAUGUAGUCAUGACCCAAGGAGUUCUCGGACAUCAGCUGGACACAGGGAAGAAGCCUCUUGGAGAGAAGCUGGCCCUUCACUACUCAGAGGCAUUGCGGUAUGCCAUCGAAG